AUGGAAUCUAGACUAGGAUGGCUAUCUAACCUUCAAACCGACACUGGUUCUAACCUAAGAAGAACGUCGAUCAUCGGGACUAUUGGUCCAAAGACCAACUCCGCAGAGUCGCUCGUUGCUCUAAGAAAGGCCGGUCUAAACAUUGUGAGAAUGAACUUCUCCCACGGUUCUUACGACUACCACCAGUCCGUCAUUGACAACGCCAGAAAGUCUGAGGAGCUAUAUCCAGGCAGACCUCUAGCUAUUGCUCUUGACACCAAGGGUCCAGAAAUCAGAACUGGUACCACCACCAACGAGGUUGACUACCCAAUCCCUCCUAACCACGAGAUGAUCUUCACUACCGACGACAAGUACGCCAAGGCUAGUGACGACAAGAUCAUGUACAUCGACUACAAGAACAUCACCCGUGUCAUCGACAGUGGCCGUAUCAUCUACGUUGACGACGGUGUCUUGUCUUUCGAAGUUCUACAAGUCGUUGACGACAAGACCCUAAAGGUCAAGUCUCUAAACGCUGGUAAGAUCUGCUCUCACAAGGGUGUUAACUUGCCAGGUACAGAUGUCGACUUGCCAGCUUUGUCCGAAAAGGACAAGGCCGAUCUAAGAUUCGGUGUCAAGAACGGCGUCCACAUGGUGUUCGCUUCUUUCAUCCGUACCGCCAACGAUGUUACCACCAUCAGAGAGGUUCUAGGUGAAGAUGGUAAGGACAUCAAGAUCAUCGUCAAGAUUGAGAACCAACAGGGUGUUAACAACUUCGACGAAAUCUUGGCUGUCACUGACGGUGUCAUGGUUGCCAGAGGUGACUUGGGUAUCGAAAUCCCAGCUCCUCAGGUGCUUGCCGUUCAAAAGAAGUUGAUCGCCAAGUGUAACGUUGCCGGUAAGCCAGUUGUCUGUGCCACUCAGAUGUUGGAAUCCAUGACCUACAACCCAAGACCAACCAGAGCUGAAGUCUCUGACGUCGGUAACGCCGUCUUGGACGGUGCUGACUGUGUCAUGUUGUCUGGUGAAACCGCCAAGGGUAACUACCCAAUCAAUGCUGUCAAGAUGAUGGCCGAGACUGCUUUGAUGGCCGAACAAGCUAUUCCAUACCUACCAACUUUCGACGACAUCAGAAACUGCACUCCAAAGCCAACCUCUACCACUGAGACCAUUGCCGCCGCCGCCGUCUCCUCUGUGUACGAGCAAAAGGCCAAGGCUAUUAUUGUCUUGUCUACCACUGGCUCUACCCCAAGAUUGGUCUCCAAGUACAAGCCAAACGUGCCAAUCGUUUUGGUUACCAGAAACCCAAGAGCCGCCAGAUUCUCUCACUUGUCCAGAGGUGUCUUCCCAUUCGUCUACGAGAAGGGUGCUGAAUCUGACUGGACUAAGGAUGUUGACCAACGUUUGAAGUUCGGUAUCGAAAAGGCCAAGGAAUUCGGUAUCUUGAAGGAAGGUGACAACAUUGUUACCAUUCAAGGUUUCGCCGCUGGUGUCGGUCACUCUAACACUUUGCGUGUGUUGACCGUCUAA